AUGUCGGACAACGCGGAGGCCAACAGCCAUGCCGGGUUUGAUUCAAUCGACCAUCAGCCAGCGUACAUAUAUACUCCAGAUACUAGUACCGACGAUGCUCCUGAACGACCUACAAAACGACGGAGGGUAACCAAACCAAAACAGCCUGGAAUACAAACACAUGGCAAACCGAGCCUCUUGAGAUUCGAACCGCUGCUGGGAGGUCUAGAAAGCGAAGAGAGUGCGCGUUGGCGUCAGGAGACUUUCCAAAAAUGCUGGGGUUUUGGCCGCCUAGCUAAGCAAGAGCAGUCAAUUCUUGAUGAAUCAAAUGAAGAUACUCUAGCAGAGGUUUCUUCGUUUGUCAACAGCUCUAGAGAGAACUGGGGAGAUGAGAGACUUCCAGCUUGCUUUAUUGUUACUGGGCCAAAUAUUGCUUCCCAAGACCUCCUAUUCCGACAGGUAUCGGUUCGGCUUAAAUCAGAUAUUGAUGGGCCAGUGGUCAUCUUGCGAUCAGGAGAUGCCGCGAACUUGAAAGCCAUUCUCAAGAAGCUUAUUCGUGACGCGACGAAUCAAAGAUCUGACGACGAUGAUAUGCUUGCGGAGCUAAAUGAUCGAAAACUAUUGUACUACGAUUUAGAGAUACUUCGAAGCUUUGUCACAGCACAUGGCAGUCAAAGAGUGGUCGUGGCAAUUCAAGAUAGUGAAGGAUUCGAGACUAAUUUGCUUGUUGAGUUGAUCAUCUUGUUGAGAUCCUGGAUGGACCGUAUUCCAUUUGUAUUACUUUUUGGUAUUGCCACCUCAGUCGAGUUGUUUCGGGAGAGGCUUCCUAGAUCUGCAAGUCGUUCGCUGUAUGGUGCACAAGUCGACGUGGAGCAAACCAAUAGCAUUAUUGAAAGGGUUUUCCAAAAGGCCGUGGCCAGCUCCAAGGCGUACUUGCGAUUGGGACCAGCGCUGGUAUCGAUGCUGGUGGAACGGCAGCAUCAUCAUAUUCCGAGUGUCCAGUCAUUUAUUGCGGCCUUGAAGUAUGCAUACAUGUCUCAUUUUUACGGGAAUCCGCUGAGUUUCCUUGGUAAUACCUCGAGCAAUUCUUUAGAAUAUAUCGGACAACUUCAGCCCUGCCACUAUGAGGCCAUCCGUAUGCUACCGUCAUUUCGCCGGUCUGUGGUGGAAAGGAUUGAAGUCCGGGACAUAAAUGGCGCUCGAGAGUUGCUUGAAGAUGACGCUAUUCUAGCUCAGAAUAUUAAAACCGAGCUCCAUUCCAAGGAUGGAAAGAUCCUCUGCUUACUGAGGGCUCUACAUAUCCUAGAAAGUGCAACCACCGAUGGACCUGGUGGAAUCGACUUAUACUUGACAGUGUUCGGGGGCGCAUUGAAAGAUUCGGAUUUCUUUAGGCGUCUUUUAGACUCACUUGAGCGCAUGACGCCUGAGGAUUUGAUCUCUCUUACUGAAAAAAUACGUGCGGCCAUUAAACACGGAAACUCUGCGAUGGACCUUGAUGGAUGGGCCGAAGCCGACCAGGAAUUUCUCCAAGAUAUUAAACUUAUAGAAACAAAGGUCAAGACUUUGACAGCUACGGCGGUUGAAAAAGGAGUUCCGAUCCGCAGUAGCGAGUCCAUCCAUAGCAAAGGCCUGCGGACCACGGUCAUUGCUCAGAGGGUUCAGUUGAGCUACCAGAAAUCCACAAUUAGCGAGGCCGAGAAGGAAUACCAGGGACUCGUCGGACGCUUGCUGGAGCUUUUUGAAGAGUAUUUUACUUUGGAGAACCCACAGCAUCUAUUUCUGAACGAAGUAUGGCUUUGCAACUCCACGACGCCCUUUGCUGAUGUCUUCGUCCCCCGACCUAGAGCCGCCAUCGAGCAUGCGCUCUCCUCCCCUCAGGAAUACCUUUCCGGAAUUGACCAAAAUUUACCUCCAACACAACCAGAGACAGCAAUUCUCUAUCAAAAAUAUCUCGAAGCUCCUUCUCUAAUUAAUGUGGCAGAUCUUUGGUCCUCGUUCUUGGAGACCGUGGCAGGGGGUGAAGCUGAAGAAUCCGAUGAACGAGGCCCUUUGAUGCAGUUCUAUAGGGGCAUGGCUGACUUGAAUCUAUUGGGAAUGGUUAAGCAAAGCAAGAAAAAGGCAGACCAUCUAGCUAAGGUAUCAUGGAAGGGAUUAUGA